CUCCCGCCCCCUCCCGCGGGGCUCGACCGCGGGGCAGGCGGGCUCCGAGUGCGCGGCUGCGGGACCGGCGGCGCCGGCAGGUAAUCUGGGCUCUCAUAAUGUUUGCCAAAGCAACAAGGAAUUUUCUUAAAGAAGUUGAUGCUGGAGGUAAUCUGAUUGCAGUACCAAACUUGAAUGACUCUGAUAAGUUACAGCUUCUAAGUCUGGUGACCAAAAAGAAGAGAUUCUGGUGCUGGCAGAGACCCAAGUACCAGUUUUUGUCUGUCACCCUUGGAGAUGUACUCACAGAAAACCAAUUUCUGAGUCCAGUGGUCGUGGAGUCGGACUUCGUGAAAUAUGAGAGCAAGUUUCAAAACCACGUCAGUGGGACCGUUGAGACAGCGCUGGGGAAGGUCAAGCUGAACAUUGGAGGCAAAGGACUUGUGGAAAGUCAGUCUUCUUUUGGGACCCUGAGGAAGCAGGAGGUGGACUUGCAGCAGCUCAUCAGAGAUUCCACGGAGAGAACGAUAAAUCUGAGCAAUCCAGUGCUGCAGCAGGUGCUGGAGAGGAAGAAUGAGGUCCUGUGUGUCCUGACACAGAAGAUAGUGACGACCCAGCAGUGCGUGAUAUCGGAGCACGUUCAGAUUGAGGAGAAGUGUGGCGGCAUAGUGGGGAUCCAGACCAAGACCGUGCAGGUGUCCGCAAAGGAGGAUGGGAACAUCACCAAGGAUACCAACAUAGCGCUGGAGAUCCCAGCUUCCACCACCAUCGCCUAUGGCAUCAUUGAGUUGUAUGUGAAACUGGAUGGCCAAUUUGAAUUAUGCCUCCUACAAGGGAAGCAUGGUGGCUUUGAACUCAAGAGAAGUGACUCUGUCUUCCUGGACCAUCUGCCUUUUCGAGAGUUUGCAUACGGGGACAUGCCAGAUGCUGGGCAGGGAUCAUCUGCCCUGGAUUGGCCGUUGGAUGUUUUAAAACAAGCGACUGUGCUCUUGGAGAAGAAUUUCCACCCCUUUGUGGAGCUGCCCGAACAGCAACAGACAGCGCUGAGCGACGUCCUCCAGGCGGUCCUGUUUGAUGAAGAAUUACUUGUGGUCCUGGAACAAGUGUGUGACGAUGUGGUCAGAGGUCUGUCGCCCCCACUGGCAAUACCGGGGGAGCUGAAGCCCCCGCAGCAGCAGGACCUCAUGGCUUUCCUGAACUUGGUGGGCUACAGAGUACAGGGCGGGAGUCCAGACCAGGAGGAUGCAAUCAGCAACCAGAAGCUCUUUUCUACGGCCUACUUCUUGGUCAGUGCACUAGCAGAAAUGCCAGAUAAUGUAGCCGCUUUGCUAGGUGCUUGCUGUAGACUCCAGAUUAUUCCUACGCUGUGUCACUUGCUCCGUGCUCUCUCUGAUAAUGGAGUAUCUGAUCUUGAAAACCCAGACUUGGCUCCUCUGAAAGAUAUGGAAAGGUUUAUGAUCGUGCAGCGUUUGUUUGCCUCAGCCGACAUGAACUUGGAAAGACUGCAGUCAUCUGUAAAAGUUGUCACCCAGAAGGACCCUAACAUUCUCCCACUAAUUCUUUAUAUAAGCCUGAAUGGACUCUGUGCUUUAGGCAGAGCACAUUAAUAACAUGUGAAUUACAAAUACAUGUUGUCAUCCAAGGCUGGGUAUUUCUCAGCAUUGUUAAGUAACUACUGAGUUUAGCCACCAGGUACUCAGUAAACACUUUUUCAUUAGACACUGGGUCACUAGAACAGGGCUCUAAGUUAGAUUCCAGCACCUGAAGAGCUGGAGGAGGGUUGUGAAUUUUAAGCUAGUAAAUGGUCAGACUUUUUUUCUGCAGAAAAAUGGGUCCACUUAUCUAUUAUACAAAAACAAAGGAGUCUGACACUUUGAUCCAAAAAUUCAUUUUAAAUCGUGAAUGCUAUAGGAAGACAAUUUCUCUUUAUAGAAGAGUCUGUGUUUUAGAUGUGCUGAUUGACAAAUGAACUGUAAAUGCUACUAUGGUACAGAUAUUCUGCUAAACAAAAUUAUACUAAAACAGUAGCAGGACACCUCUCCUUAGGGGUCUAGCUACAUACUUUUUUUGGUCAUGCUUUAAUGAACAUAGCAAUUCUAUGUCUAGAAUAAUGCUGAUUUCCCACGUACUCUGGAUUUUUAAUUUAUAAAAUAGAUACUGUAUCAAAGGAAACUGU